AUGGUCUCCAGCUCUUCGGUACGGUUGGCCCUGGUAGCCUUGAUUACAUUCCUCCUAGGGCUUGCAUCUGCUCUUCCAACAGUCCCACAUCAUCCGUCUCGUUCGACACCCGAAGUCCCGAGUGAGGAUCCUUUUUAUCAACCUCCAGCAGGCUAUGAAUCCGAAGAACCCGGAACUAUCUUGCGUCAGCGCACCAUCACUGUCGCUUUCCUAGGCCUCAUUCCAGAUCCAGUGGAAGCUUACCAGCUUUUAUACCGCACCACCGCCAUUAACGGCUCCGCAAUUGCUACCGUGACCACAAUUUUCAAGCCCACGAAUCCCAAGACGGAUCGAUUUGUUUCCUUCCAGACGGCCUACGAUAGUUCGGCGACAAUCUGUGACCCCAGCUAUAAUUAUCAGCUUGGAGCGGCUCAGACAGAUAUCAUAUCUUCUGCUGAACAGUUGCUCCUUCAGGCCUACCUGCUUCUCGGCUACAUUGUUGUUUCUCCUGACUAUGAAGGGCCAGAAGCAGCGUUCGGGCCGGGUCGUCUAGCUGGAAUGGGUGUUUUGGAUGGUAUGCGUGCAGUGAGCAACUUUGAUACUCUGGGCCUCUCUAGCAGUACACCUAUGAUUGUUGGCACUGGCUAUUCCGGCGGUGCCAUUGCAACUGGAUGGGCUGCUUCCCUCCAUCCUAACUAUGCCCCCGACCUUGACAUAAAGGGUUGGGCCCAUGGUGGUACUCCAGCAAAUCUUACUGGUACUUUCAUGUUCAUUGAGGACACCCUGUUUAGCGGAUUUCUUCCCCUGGCGUGUGUCCUGACAACAAAGGGCCGUUCUGUUCUCGAUGCCGCUCGGAGCACCUGUGCUGUUGGAGAUAUCCUUGAUUUUGCUGAGCAGUCUAUCCUUUCCACCACUAUCAACACUCUGGGUGAAGGUCUUAUUUAUAACGCGACUAUCCAGUCUGUCCUAAAGCAGAAUACGAUGGGUGUGAACGAGGAUGAGACCCCGACCGCGCCCGUCUUCAUGUAUCAUGCUUCCCAGGAUGAGAUUAUUCCGUACGCGAACGCUUCAGCCUUAUAUGAUGCAUGGUGUGGCUAUGGCGCGGAUGUUAGUUUCACCACGUACGGGAAUGGUGGUCAUGCCACAACCGAGCUUAUUGGUCUGCCCGCUGCGGUUAGCUUUAUUCAGUCUGCCUUUGCAGGCAACACUACGACUGGUUGCUCCAGCAAUAGUGAGUUAACCAGUAUCCUCAACCCAAUUGCCUUGGGGGGUUGA